AUGGUCGCCGGACCGCCUAGUGAUGGAGCGGAGCGUACCGCCUCUACUCUGCGAGGGCCUCGUUCCCUUGCGCUGGCGCAGACUCGAGACGAUCAAGGCCUGCACAUGGCUCACGAGGACGAGAUCCAGAACGCAAAGACGAAGAUCAACGCCAUUUGGAAAAGCAGAGCGUACAGAAUCACCAUUGCGUACAUCAUCCAUCCCGAUCGUGAAGCUUGGCUAGUCCACUUUGUCAGUUGUCUGGCGAAGAUUGCGGAGGGCCCUGCGGCCGCCACUUCUUCGGAAAGCGCGCCGACAGCUGUGGUGCCCAACACGGAGCAGUCGCCACGCCUAUUCCAACACGUUAGCUAUGACCGUACAAAGUGGUUCCGGAUCGAGGGUGGUGGUACCAUGUAUGGGGUACAGCUACCUGUAGAUGAAGCUUCCACCAAGUUCAGUCUUCCUGCUGGUGCUAGGCUCUGGACCGCCGACUUCUCCAAAGUCACUGUACUUGCGGGUGAUGGGUAUAGGCCUGUAUUGAAAAGUAACCUCAAAAUAGACUCUCCUCUACCUCAGGGAACCCGGUAG